AGCGGCUGCGUCUGCGUCUGCGUUUGCGUACGCCUUUACCUUUAAGGACCGGCGACGUUUUUUUUGUCCACCAGACAGCUCGUUUCCCACAUACGCACGUACGGUUGUCUACCGUCAAGGCUUUUUGUGUACCGGCCCGUGUCUUUUAAAACCCAUCGCGUUGACGGUUUCUUUCUUCUAUCUGCUCUCGACAUUUUUGUUGUCAUUUGCGUCGGCCGAACUCACGCGUCGGAGGGGAGCGAGAGGACGACACGGAGCUCGAAUACAUCGCGUAGAGGAGGGGACGAAGACACGGAGGGGGUGUUCUCUCAAAAUAUACUAUCCCUUUAAAACAAGGGGGACACGGCGGUGGGGGAGAGAUAGCGGGGCAGAGAAGACGGGAUAAAAAAAGAAAAGGAAGAAAGAGCGAGGGUGGGAGGGCGAGAGUAUUGCAGGGGAAAAAAAGAAAAAUGUCAUCCUCUCGAUUGAAAUGCCGAGGCGGAGCCAUGGACAACGACCGGUAAAGUGCUCGCAAGACGGGAAUUGGAUUUAACGCGACGCCGAGGCUCGAAUAGAUGCUGCUCGGGGCCUGGAUGGAGAAUAUAAUAAUAAAAAUGAUGGCAUUCAGUUUAUCUACGCCAUGAGUUCGCUAAUGGCAAUCAAACAAUAAAAUGCCAUUUGUUUUGAAAAUGAUAUUAUUUUGCAUGAAAAAUGUGUUGUUUCACAUGGCGGUGUCAUUAACGAGAAAGCAUUACAUGCAGUAAAACAAAUGUUAUGCAUCCUAAAGCAUGAUGAGCCACCGGUACAUGACAAUGGGGCGUUGCAUCCGCUUGUUAUUUUGAGAGAUUGACAUCUGUAGUCAAUUGAAUUUACAUCAUCAUUUAUAAUCGAGAGCGUCAGUGCUCUAUUUUAAUAUUUAGGACUAAAAUUGCAUAUUAGUGUACUUUUUUAUUUUAGUGGUGGCGUCGUUUUGCAUGUAGUGGCUUGUCACGGAACAAAGUCGUCUUAUAAAUACUUAACACUUAAACAUACAGAAAGAACUUUGUCAAGGGAAAUACUAGUUUAGUCCAGACGGCAGCUGUCCAGUUUCACACCUCAAGAUGGAUGCAGCUUGGAGCAACUUCCUCUUUCAGACUCCGCCUUCACAGUCCCAAACUGAUGCGACCCUCCAAUCAGAUCUUUUGCCGGAGCUCACGGAUGCCUCUCAGGACCCGCCUCCUGAAGACUUACCCCCGCCCCCAUCCACAGUGGACACGGCAGCGCUGAGUGAGGAGCCUUUACUGGUGAAACCAGUUUCUCGACCAGCCCGACCUGCACACAUCUGCUCCAUAUGUAACAAGCAGUUUAAGAACAGCUAUAACCUGCGGCGUCACCAGUCGGUCCACACCGGCGUGAAGAUGAAGGACAGGGCUGCCAGAGAGAAAUUAGAUGGAGGGAAGGCCGGAGCACGUGUGGAGAGACAGAGCAUCCCGCUUUCCCUUCUUCAUCUGUCCAUACCUGCCUCUAUACCUACAGCAGUCGACCCCAUGGCCCAUCCUUCCCCUAUUGGAAAUCAGCAGACAGUUUCUCUCUCUAUUGCCCCAGCAACGGUUGCCAUGACGGUCACCCAGCCCCUCCCUACCGCAGUGGUGGUUACUGGGACAAUGGUUCAGGUUGGUUUGGCUGCACCAAAUAGCAACGCAGACGACAACCUCAAUAAUCCCACCCCGAUCCAAAUAUCUAUCCCCAUAACAAAUACUCUGCCAGUAAACGCAUCUCCUAAUCCCAAUCCAAACCCCAAUCCGGUAAGGAAGAACCAUGCUUGUGAGGCUUGUGGAAAGGCGUUCAGGGACGUGUACCAUCUGAACCGGCAUCGACUGUCCCAUUCCGAUGAGAAGCCGUACUCCUGUCCGAUCUGUCAGCAGAGGUUUAAGAGAAAGGAUCGCAUGAGUUAUCAUGUCAGGUCACAUCAGGGAGGGGUAGAGAAACCAUACGUGUGUCCUCAUUGUGCCAAGGGGUUCUCUCGGCCAGACCAUCUUAACAGUCAUGUGCGACAGGUGCAUUCCACAGAAAGACCCUUCAAAUGUCCGACGUGCGAAUCUGCGUUCGCUACUAAGGACCGGUUACGAGCUCAUAUGGUCAGACACGAGGACAAGGUUCCCUGCCACAUAUGUGGCAAACUUCUCUCCCCUGCUUACAUCACUGAUCACAUGAGGGUCCAUAACCAGUCACAGCAUCAUGUCUGCCACAUUUGCAACCGCAGUUUCACCACGCUGACGUACCUGCGUGUCCAUGCUCAGAAGCACCACGGGCAAGAGUGGAAGGAUGGUGGGGUCGGCCGUGGGUCCGGUCCAGGGGGGGUGCUGUUGUGCCAGUUGUGCGGGGUGCACUGUAAGACACCCACACAGCUGCAGGGCCACAUGGCCACACAUGCCAACCAGACAGACCCCAAUGUUCCCUGCCCCAUCAGCAGCAGUUCAAUUGCAACUGUGGGUGCGACGACUUCAGUUUCCAAUACUCCAAUCACGGUUGGCCUGCUGGUGACUGACUGCUCCAGUAUCGCUACUCAGAGCCACAGCUAGCCAACAGCACACCACGAAGAGGGAGGGGUGGGUUUGGAUGAAAGGGGGAUUAAUAGAGACUAUUGUACUAGAGGAUUGUUCAAACCUGGACAGGUGAGGAAUGAAGUAAACUAGGCAGAGCUGAUAUAUUGAACAUUCACAAAGUCGUGAUUCAGAGAUCAUUGUGUAUAUCACAAUGAUUUUAACGUGAUGUAACGUGUGCCUAAAAUUUACAUGAGUUUUUUUUAACAUCGUCUCUUGGCAAAAAAAAGAAUGUUGUUAAGAUCAGUUCAUUUUUGUGAAUCAAUUCAAAACUCAGUUUGUGUUGUCAUUUAGUCUAAUGGAAUCCCCUUCAUGGCUUUUAACAUGCUUGAAAAUGUUUAAAAACAAAAUAUAUCACUGUUCAUAACUACGUUGUGUGCAUGUAAGGAAUAAGAUAUAUUAAUAUAUGCAGAUAUUUGCUUUAACCAUAACACCCAUACAUUUUUCUCAUGUUUUUUAACAUAGCCUCCUCUUAUCCCGUGUUGGGUAAUUUGUUUAUUAAUGGAGAUAUUACCAUAGAGGAGGAGCCAUUGUGAAUGCAAAUCAACAUUACCAAUCAAACCUCACUGUUUUCCCAUCCAAGGCUGCCAUGGAAAUGCCAACACAAAAAUUACCGUGGAAACCUACUCGUUAACCAACCCCUCCCAUUCACCUUUCCAUCUUCCUGGCACUGUGCUAGAACUAAAUGACUUUCUCCAAACGUGUGACAUAUCCUCAAGAAACAUCAUCUUGCUUCAAAUUCAUUUUUAUGUUCCUUGUAUGUUUUAAUCUGGUAUGAUGGAUGCAGUACGAUAUUGUUUUGAGGAAGAAACCUCUUGUUUCUAUGACGAUCUGCUGGAUGAAUGGUUGGGGUGUCAGUCAUUUCCCGAUGGAGAGAUCACUCUGGUUUUAAUUGUUGACUGUCCCAAUUCAUUAUGAAAAUAUUCCACAUAGGAAAGUAGAAGAGUAAGAAGAAUUGACACGUUAUGCCUCCUAACCUUUUCUGUAUAUUAUUAGAACUCACAUUAACUUAUGGUCUUGAAAAUGAAGAAGACACAUUUUAUAAAUGAAUAUACUCUGUUGUAAGAGACCAUCAUAAAUGAUCUUUACAUGAAUGGACCACUACACAGAACGUCCGAGGGGAUCAAAUAUGGUGCCAUUUCCUCUCUUUAAUCCAUGCAAAGGGAUGUAAGGAUUUCAAACGUUACAUGGACAAAAUAUUUAUAUUUGUAAUGUAUGUGGUAUAUGUGAAAGCUUCAAAAGCAUAUUGUUAAAUGACUCCUUUGAUAUUUCUCCCAGUUCUCAUUGAUCUUGAUUUAUCUACUAACUUUUGUUUUCAAGUGAGGAUGUUAAUUGUAAAGUUAAUGAAGCUGCAUAGGAAUUUUCAAGUUCUGUUUGUGUUUAUGCUUGUUAUGCCAAUAUGUGUUGGUGUCGCUGUACUCUUAUCCUAAUGAAUCUCUGUACAAUGAUCUUGCACCUAAUUAUACUGCAUUUAACUAA